ACAGGAAAAAAAAAUUUAAAAAGAAAUUCUCUGAGCUUUUCAAUUUUGUUCGUCCAUGGCGGAGGUUUCGGAUCUCCACCUCUCUGUAGAAGAUGACGAGGAAGGAGUAGAAGAUAUUGAAGAUCUAGACUCUGUUCCUUACUGGUCCAACGACUUGGAUCAUGACGACAUCUACGUCUCUGAUUCCGACCCUUUCUCUCCCCGCCUCUCCGAAUUCGUUCCUUCAGAUCCGUCUGUUCAUGCUCAGGUUUUCUUCGAUGGGGAUGACAUCGACGAGCGGGAGGCCUGCGGUCAUAUUGGCGAUGGAGACAGCUCUGAUUCCGAUUCCGUCGCCGAUGUGAGUUACUUCAACCAUGAAGAUCGGGUAAGCUUCGUUAUGGAUUUGUUUGAACGCCGUGCGGAACAAUCUCAUAUUGUUGGUAAUAAUGAUAGGGUGGAUAACCCGUUUUCGGAAACCCUAAACGACUCGAAUUUUAGGGUUUUUGAGGGGAAUGAUGAAAUCGGCUCUAAUUUUCUUGACCUAGGGUUAGGAUUGGGGUUGGCUCUUGAUAGACAUGCUGGGGAGGAUGAUGACAGCGGUGGGUUUAUGAUUCGGGAGCGUGGGGACGAUUUCUUCGUGGGUAGACGACCUUCUGUCUCUGAAUCUGGUGAUGAUUCGAACUACCGUUCCUUGGACCCAUAUGAGGAGAGCAGUCCUCGGCUUGUUAACAUUGAAUCUGAUUCUGGCGAUGAAGAGGUGGGAGUCUUGGGGAUUGAUUUGCAAUCUGGGGAUGAUGAUGAUGAUGGGUUGGAUCGAGCUCCUGAUGAUCUGGGUCUUCCUCUUUGUUGGGAUUGUCUCCAUCUGGAGGAUCAGAGGGACGCCAAUGAAGAUUUUGAGUGGGAGGAAGUCAUUGAUGCGAGAGAGGUUCUAAGUAUGGUGAUAGAUGCUGAUGAAGAGAGAUCAGUUUCAACUGAAAUCCAUGAAGUUCGAUCUGAAGAAGAAGCGGGUGAAGACAGGGAAGAAACCAUGAGGAAUUUGGAGUGGGAAGUACUUUUAACGGCCAACAACUUGGAGAGGAACCAAGAAUUAGAACACGAGGAAUCUUACCUGGCUGAUCCUGAUGCUUACAUAUAUCCAGCAGAGUAUGAGAUGAUUUUUGGACAAUUUGCAGAAACUGAAGCUUCUCUGAAGGGUAGUCCUCCUGCUGCAAAAACUGUUGUUGAGAAUCUUCCAUCAAUCUUUUUAACUCAGGACGAUGUGCAGAACAACAAUGUCCUUUGUGCAGUUUGCAAGGAUGAGAUUUCUACAAGCGAACAAGCAAAGCGGCUCCCGUGCUCCCACCACUACCAUGGAGACUGCAUUAUUCCAUGGCUUAGCAUUCGUAAUACUUGCCCUGUUUGUAGGUACGAGUUACCUACAGACGAUCCUGAUUAUGAGCGGAGGAGGACCCAAAGAGCUGGUCAUCGCCUGUCAGGUGAUUCUCAGGCCAGAAAUGAUUUUGAAAUAUUUCCCCAACACUAGGAUGUGCAAAAUGUAGAUACAGUUUCUGGAGAGAGUCCAUUUCUUUUUUUUUUCUUUUUGUUUUUGUGACAGCAAUAAUGUUGGUGAUUUUCAUCCUUUCUGAGUAAGAAUGUAUGUUUCAGAUUGCAAGUGUAGGAUCUUUCUAUUAAAUAAAUGUCGCAUGAUGUCUGGUUUGCUUGUACACCUACCCAUAUCAUUUGGAAUCAAAUGUAGGUCUUGAGGAUCUCUGUACAUAUGGGCAUUACCAUUGGUUUUUAUGGUUUAUUCUUCACAUUA